AUGUCCGCCGCUAGGUCCGUCCUCCGCUCCGCCGCAAGCCGUGCAUCCUUCGCCGCGUCUAGAUUCUCCACCACCGGACCCAAACCUAUGCCGUCAUCGUCUCGUUCCGCGUUUCGUAUGCCUAAACAGAGCCCUCUUUCGAAUCGCAUUUUCAGAUCUCCGGUAGAACUGAGCUGUUGCGUGGAGACGAUGCUCCCUUACCACACUGCCACUGCUUCCGCUUUGCUCAAUUCGAUGCUCUCUGCUUCACGCCGUGGUUGGAUCGUCGAAGGUCUAGACGAGACUAGAUGA